AUGUCGUGGAAACUGACCAAGAAGCUCAAGGAGACCCAUCUGGGUGCUCCCUUUGCCAAUACCUUCUCCCGAACCUCAUCGCAGUCUACGAUCAACAACGGCGCCGAAGCACAGUCGAAAACCGCCCCAUCGCCUCUCAGCACGCAGACACCGGCCGCUUCAUCCGCAUCUGCAACGCCAAAUGGCUCGGACCCACAGGGAAUCGCAGUAUCGGAACAGAUGGUCAACGCGCCUGCCGUACCUGCUAAGCCCGGUAUCCUAAUCCUCACACUCCACGAAGGGAAAGGGUUCAGUCUACCACCCGGUGCUGAGCAGGCGUUCGCACGGCCCGGACAUGGCAGCAGUAUGAGUGCGGGCUCCUUCUCGAGCAGCUACAUGGGCGGUAACAGCGCUCGGCCAGGCUCAAGCAGCGUGAACCAGGGCAGCUUCAGACCCAUGUCCUCAAGCGGCGGCGGAAUCAACAACAUGCCUUCCACCCACGGGCGGUAUAGCAGCAAAUACCUCCCUUACGCGCUCGUGGACUUCGACAAACAGCAAGUAUUUGUCAACUCAGUCUCGGGGACGCCUGAAAACCCCGUGUGGGCAGGUGGCAGCACACAGUACAAGUUCGACGUCAGCAGAUCAACAGAGUUGAACAUUUCGCUAUACAUCCGGAAUCCACAAGCACCGCAAGACGCUGGAAGACGGCAGGAUAUCUUCAUUGGCACGUGUCGCGUGAAGCCUACCUUUGAUGAGCAGGAUGCUGCAAGCGCUGCACAGUCUGCGGAKGCGAGGAAGGAGAAGAAGGAGAAGAGCAUGCCGCCGCCGAACAAAGCAGACGAGGGCGUUGCAUGGAACGAUAUUCAGUACGGAACCGGCGCCAUCAGACUUGGCGUCAAGUUUGUGGAGAACAGACACUCGUCGCUGAAAGUUGAGGAUUUCGAGUUGUUGAAGGUGGUUGGCAAGGGAAGCUUCGGCAAGGUCAUGCAGGUGAAAAAGAAGGACACCCAACGGAUCUAUGCCCUCAAGACCAUUCGCAAGCAGCACAUCAUCUCCCGAUCAGAAGUCGCCCAUACGCUCGCCGAACGCUCAGUCCUCGCUCAGAUCAACAACCCCUUCAUCGUCCCGCUCAAGUUCUCCUUCCAAUCACCGGACAAGCUCUACUUCGUGCUCGCAUUCGUCAAUGGCGGUGAGCUGUUCCACCACCUGCAAAAGGAGCAACGAUUCGAUAUCAAUCGCUCUCGAUUUUACGCCGCCGAGCUUCUCUGCGCGUUGGAAUGCCUGCACGGCUUUGGCGUCAUUUACCGCGACCUCAAACCUGAAAACAUCCUCGUGGACUAUGUCGGCCACAUUGCUCUUUGUGAUUUUGGCCUGUGCAAAUUGGACAUGAAGGACGAGGACAAGACCAACACGUUCUGUGGCACGCCGGAGUACCUCGCCCCGGAGCUCCUGCAUGGACAGGGUUACACGAAGGCGGUCGACUGGUGGACGUUGGGUGUGUUGUUGUAUGAGAUGCUGACGGGCUUGCCGCCAUUCUACGACGAGAACACGAACGAGAUGUAUCGGAAGAUCUUGUCAGAGCCACUGCAUUUCCCAGGACCAGAAAUUGUCCCACCGGCCGCGAGAGAUCUAUUGCAAAAGCUGCUGGAACGAGACGCAACGAGACGGUUGGGAACCAAUGGAGCUGCAGAGAUCAAGGCACAUCCAUUCUUCCACUCCAUCGAUUGGCGCAAGCUGCUAGAUCGCAAGUACGAGCCUUCAUUCAAGCCUUCUGUGGAUAGCGAGCUAGACACGGGCAACUUCGACAAGGAAUUCACCUCCGAAGCACCCACCGACAGUUACGUGGAUGGACCUGUGCUCAGUUCGACCAUGCAGCAGCAGUUUGCCGGCUGGUCAUACAACCGCCCUGUAGAAGGCCUGGGAGACGCGGGCGGCAGCAUCGUGCAGGGCAAUGCUUUUGAUCAGAGGUAG